GCAUAGAGGAAGAGGGCGGAUAGUACCGUUAGAGUAUCUUUAAUUAAAAACAACUGCGUGAGCCUCUGCAAUAACAAUCACUGGGAAUCGCUUCUGUUUUAAAGUUUGAUACAGUUAGUGCAAGUAAACGGUAGAAAUAAAACCUGGUUUAUUGUGAGGGGGAAUGACCAGACAGUGAGCUGUGUCUGUGCGGUCGCCGCGAACAGGAUCAGGAAGUUUGAUAUUAUCUACCGUGGCUGUUUCAUUUGCUUUCAGUUUCUCUCUCUUUAUUAUGUUACAGUCUUUAAAAUAAUAAUAAUAAUAAUAAUAAUAAGUAACUCAGAAGCGGAUCUGAGAAGCUCCAGGGUCAAGAUUUUUAUUUAUUUAUUUUUUUGCCGCCUGAUCAUCACAAGACGCCAAAGCAUGUGAUCUUUUUUAAGCUGCAAAAAUGGUCCAUGUGUACAACUGCCAUCCCUUUGCUUCCCAGCACAUAGUUCCCACGGACCAAGAGCCCGGGCUGGUGUGCUGCGGUGGGGAUGCGCUUUUCGUGGUGUCCGCGGCAGGGUGCAAGGUCGAGGCGUAUCGGAUGCAGGGCGAGGACUGUCCUCUUAUCUGCCGCUUUUCUACGAUGGGCACAGUGCACAGAAUUCUGUACAGUCAGAUCGGUGACUACCUAGUCACUAUCGAGGAGAAAAAUGGCUCUACCUACCUCAGGGCCUACACCAAUUGGCGCUACCAGGCUUCUGAGAGGACCCGUGUCGGGGUGCGUCUACUCGGACACUUCCUGCGCGUCCCAUCGCUCUGUGGAGCCCCAAAGGAGCAGAUGGAGAUCAUCGAGAUGCCGCUGUCGGAGCCGCCACAGUGCAUGGCGUGCUGCGCCCUCACCGGGGACCUCCUGGUUGGCUGCACCAGAAGUCUGGUGGUGUUCGGGCUGAAGAGGCAGGAGCUGGGCGAGCGGCUGGUCGUGCUGGACUUCGAAAUGCUCGUCGUCCUCCACAUUCACAACUGGAGUCCGUCAGACGUAGCUCUCUGCGCCGGAUACGUGGCCCUGCAGACAGAGCUGGAGGUGUUGGUGGUGAAGCUGGAGAGAAUGGAGAAGAGGCAUCCGCCGCCAGAAGAUUGCACGCCGAUACCCAGCCCUGGCGCGGCUGCAGCAGGCCUCAACGAUGAAGAUAUGAGACAAGAGCCCCAAAGUCCACACGAGUCCGAUGAUUUCUUUAUGUUCCCAAAGCAUCUGGAGUUGCUGGGAGCUGAAUCAAAAGACUGUGGUGUGUCUGUGACUUUAGAGGGAACAGGCGCAGAGUUAGGGAGCAGCAUGGCACUUACUUAUGUCCUAUACAGGAGAUUUGCCCCAGACUUUUUCCGGGGCUGCAGUGUGGAGGAGACAUGCUUACAUUCCCUACAGCUCCAUUCCAUGUUCCCUGGUAACUGUGAAGGAGGCCGUGAGCCUGUCUGUGUGUUCUGCUUCUUCUCCCUGCCCGGUGCCGGCUACAUGUACAGCCUGCAUAACCCUGUCCAGCUCCUGUCCACAUACCAGUACCCAGAGAAAACCCACGAAGCCGCCCUGUGUGACCAGUUUUUAUACGUCAUCACCAGGAAUGCUCUACAGUGCUUCUCUGUGCGGUGCAGUGCAGUGGCAGCACGGGCCGGCGACCCCUACAUCGACACCACCAUGAAGGCAUGUCCUCCCGCCACAAUGGAGGUGUGUGCCCUGCGUAUCCAGCUCUUCAUUGGUCUGAGGUCAUUGUGUCACGAUGGGAACCACAUCGUGUUGAUCACAGCCGUCGACUCGGAGAGCAAGGUGGAGACGGGAAGCACAACCCGGAGGACCAUAUGUCGGAAGACCUCCCGGUCCAAGCAGGUCUGUGAGAGUGGUUAUGGUUGGAACCUGUACGUGAUCACCACUGUGCCUACACUCCAGCUCUACACAGAGAUGGUGGAGUACAGUAGGCGGUACGAGCAGACCCUGUCCCACAACUCCCUGCAUUUGCUGAGCGAGGCUCACCUGCUGGUGAGAAGUUCCCUGCUGAGCCUGAGGGGUGGCGAGGAGGGAGACAGAGCCCAGCUUCAGAAUGCCUUCCGGGAAAGCUGUGCCCAGCUGGGAGACUGCUUCAGCAGACUGGACAGGCGGGACUGUCACCUGGCCCUGCCGUACUACAAGAUGUCCGGCCUGUCUGUGACCGAGGUGAUCCAGAGGAACGUGGCUCGGAGUGGCGACAGCACGUCGGUCACCGACUACGGGAAAGGAUUCUUGUUCUUUCUCAAACACUCUCUCUAUGAGGAAACGAUGGAGGACCUAAGUGAAGAGACAGCUAACACAGUGCUGGAUAUUUUCAGUCAGGCAGAACCUGCACAGCUCCCACAUGUAGUGACCAGCCCGUUCAUGGUGAAGGCCGACCCCGCGUGUGUGCUGGAGCACCUGGAGCAGCUGGAGGUGUCCGGGGCGCCCGCCGUCACGCUCACGCUGUGCAAGUCUGCGCAGGCACUGCGCCUGGGGAACAUGCAGCAGUACUGCCAGCAGAUGGAACAGCACUCGGAGAUGCUGCAGGUGUUUGGCUUCAUCGAGGAGCCCAAGCUGCUGUUUCAGGGUCGAGGCUCGUCCGUCACGCCCACCCUGUUCGCUCAGCACCUGCAGCACACGCAGGUCGGCCUGCUGGUGGCAGCCAUGGUGGCGCUGCACGAGAACAGCAAGGUCAAGCUGGAGGAGGCCGACCUCUUCUUCCAGGAGCUGUGUAAGGAUUGUGUGGACAGGCAGAGUCCUUACCUGCUUGUAGAUUUCUGGGAGGCUCUGCUAGUGGCGUCGUCUCAGGACUCCAUCAUCCAGGAGCUCCUGUUCCGCCUCGCCUCCGUCUACAUCAACCGAAUCACGCGCAGAGACUGCACUGGCAUUACAGCCCUCAAAACCGCAGAGGACCUGAUAAACUCAUGCUUUCACUAUGGGCAGCCGUACCCGUGGGUGAGCAUCCUGACUCACCUAUCUCACUGCAGUGUCGCCCCCGACAAUCACCAGGAGGACUUGCACAAGCUCCAGUCUCUCCUGUGUGGCCCGACGCUGGACAUUUCCUCCGUCCUACCCCUGCUGGAGCAGCUGCCAGACACGGACGGCGCAGGUGUGAGUGUGUACGUGCUGUGUGCCACCAGACUUGGCCAGCUCGAGAGCUCCCUGGAGCGUCUGCUGGAGCACUGUCCCGAGGCCGUCAUCCCCUAUGCACACCACCAGCUGCACAGUCACAUGCUGACUCUGUGGUGGCAAAAGUUGUUUCCUGAGCUGUGCAAGAGGGCAAGGGUUCCUUCUGAGAAAGGCAGUGUUCUACUCACCGCGCUCAAAGAGACUGUGAAGGUGGUUGCCAUGGAGCUGAGCCCUUUAGAGUUCCUGGAGCUCCUGCCUGAUGAUGGAAGUGCACAUUUCUUCCUGCCUCAUCUUCUGGAGUGCAGCUUGAGACACAGCCAAUCGCACGGCCAGCCACACAGCCAAUCACAUGGUUCCUAGAUUGGACAUGCGGGACUGGCACCUGGCACCUGGUUUCAUUUAGGCCGGAUCAGGUCUUUAAUCAGCAAAGAUCAGCCUUAUUCUGCUGAAAACCUGAAAAUGUGCAGUGCAUGUGGACCCAUGUGCUUUGGGUUGGUUGUUUGGUUUGUUUGGUUUUGCACAAGGGGAGUUUCUUUUGUUUUUUAGAAAGUUUAUAUAAUGGAGAAUUUUUAUGUCAAUUGUAAAACCUGUCAAAAGAACUAUUAUGGGUUUGCUCCUGUAUAGCGCUGAAUUUGCUAGGGCCACAUCAAAGCUGAGUCACACUGAGUCAUAUGCUGUUCUCUGCUGUGCUGCUGUAUACUAUUUCAAGCCACCUCACAACACACAUAAUGGAGAGUUGUUAACUACGUAACCUUUCAUCAGUUUGCAUAGGCUGACAUUUUAAAAAUGACAUUUAAAAAUGUCUUCCUUCUUUUUUUAAAUGAUUUCUAAUUAACUUAUACAAAAAUGUCAUAGAACGUGUCAGUUAUUACAGUGCAGGAACUGCAGGUGUUGUGUCCUUUUGAAUUGAAAUGUACAGUCAAUGUACACGUUCAUUUACGUACAAUUAGGUUUAGAAAUUUUAUUCCAUACUCAUGCAAAAACUUUUGGUUUAUGGUGGGCAAUGAAUCACAAAUAUCUUGAUUUAAUUUCUUCUUCACCGUUAUCUCCUUCUCCUUCCUAACUUGCUUAGGAUUCCCUUUUUUUCUGCAAACAAGACACUUAGUUAUACAUGCUACUGUUAUAUGGAAUGUUACCUGCUUAUUAAGUCAAGCACAAUUAUACAAUUAUACACUAUAGUACCUUUAUGUCGACUUGCCAUUACUACACGCCUUGUUACUGUUAUACUGCAUGUUGCUGUUAAACGAUGUUGCCAUAUACCAUGAUACAGUUAUAUGUCAUAUAUGUUACCAUUACUUAUAACACAUUCCUGUGGAAGAAACACUGUCGGUAAAACUGUGUUACCAUUGUUCAGGAAGGAUUGUGUCACUAAGAAACAAACUAUUAAAAGUUCGUGUGCAUGGA